AUGUUUGUCGCAAAUCGAGCCAUCCUCACCUUGGUUUCUACUGAUAGCGGUUUGACUGGACGUCAAAUCUACACUUCGCCUGGUGUUGUCGUGCCAAAACCUGCCUUCAACUACUCGGUCUACGCUACCUGGCUCAUUACCUAUAUCCCGUCCCAUCAUGGGUCAGAUCAGCUGGAUGCCACGGCCAUAGCCCGUAUAGGAGCAAGUUUGGAUCACCAAGGCGUACUUCCAGCCAUUGGCCCAGUGAGCAAGGAAGACCUCGUCACCUUACAGACCGUGGGAGGCUUGAUUGGCAUCGUCGAGAGAAGCCCGUGUCACGAGAGCUCGGCAACCGAAUCUGUGCUGCUCGAUAUGGCUGCUGCAGAUGACUCCGCAGUCGAGUUACAACGACUCACUUCGUCCGAGGAGGCUCGCAAAAGCGUGAAAGAUGACACCACAAAUGUUAAGCUUGAGCUAGGCGCGUCAGGUCCGAUCCUUAUGGCCGAUUUGUCGGACCGCACGACGUUAUCAUCUGGUCUGAAGAGAGCUUGGAGCAAGAUGUUUGCUUCUGAGAGACAGCCAUCGGUCGAUGAUCUGCCAUCGCUGCCUACAUCUCCUCGAAGCGAAACGUCCACUAACCUCCCCACUCUUACCCUGUUGCCAUCCCUCAGUUUCUCAACCCACCCGGAUGACGAUGAAAUGUCUGUCUUAGAAUAG